CAUGCAUCGGUGAAAAGCAACGGCUCCUACUUCAGACUUCUCGCGACUCAUCACGUCCUAACUUCAGGUUUUCACCAAGAUUAGCAAAAUGGUUCGCGUAUUUAUCACAGGCUCGACAGACGGCAUCGGCCAGGCCGCCGCAAAGCUCCUCGCCGAGCAAGGCCACCAAGUCGUUCUCCAUGCCCGUAACGCCGAUCGUGCCGCUUCAGCUAAAGCCGCCAUCCCCAGCGCCGCAGCUGUUCUAGUCGGCAAUUUAUCGUCAAUUGAAGAGACCAAGAAGCUCGCCAAAGACGCAAACAAUGCUGGGCCAUUCGAUGUCGUCGUGCAUAACGCAGGCAUCGGCUAUGGCUCGACAGCAUCGAGGGAAAUCACUUCGGACAAGAUCUCAGCUGUAUUCGCAGUCAACACCCUCGCGCCUUAUAUCCUCACAUGUCUCAUGGAUAAGCCCAAGAGCAGGCUCUUGUUCAUGAGUUCGGAUAGUCACUACAGCGGUGAUGAGACUCUCAAGAACGCCACUCAAUCGCACUCUUACGGAAACACCAAGCUUCACGACACAAUGCUCGCAAAAGCAUUCGCGCGACGCUGGACCGACAUCCAAGUCCUCAGCAUGCAUCCCGGCUGGGUAAAGACAAAAAUGGGAGGAAACUCAGCACCAGUUCAGUUAAGUGAACCAGCCAAAGCAUUGGCAAGCUGGGUCGCUGGUGAAGGAUCUCUGACAAAGGUCACGUCUGGUGCGUUCGUUACAACAAGUGGAGAGAGCAGACCCCAUCCUGGAGCGGACAAUGUGAGCAAGCAGGAAGAGUUGCUUGAGAUAUGCAAGUCGGUUUCUGGCGUCGAGGUACCGAGAGAGUAGAGUAGAAGAUAAAUGUAAAAAAGAGAUGCCUCGCUAUUGCUCGCAAUCGUUUAUAGGAACAGCCCGAUGCGGGGGUCGAACCCGCAACCUUGAGAUCGCGUACUCAUAAGAGUCUCACGCUCUACCGAUUGAGCUAACCGGGCGUGGCUCUGAUUGGUUGAGAGGCGAGGCCGAAUUGGGUGACAGUUGCUUUCGAGGGGAGAUGGCCACUGUGUUUUCUUGCAAAGCUGGAGCCAGAAUGGAAAGAGUUGAACCAGAACAAUCGCUCUAGAAAGGGUCUAAGGAUCUAUCGAUUGACUGUUGUAUUU